AUGAAUCCCAGGCCGUCGGAGGCGUCGGAAGCAUUGCGCCACUGCUGUGAGAUUCUCUGUGCCGAAUUCGCCCUGGUGACCGGCAUGGACAGGCUGCGGUUCGGUGUAACCUUGUGGACAACCAGUGGCUGCUGGAAAAUUUCUCACGACUGCGUGAGAGUUGCAGCCCUGAUGGGGGUUGGGGCCGGAGGAAGGCAGAUUGCACCUGAUAGUGACUCCGAGUUCUUGCUCCCUUCUGGAGCCAACGAAGUAGGACUGGAGUGCCUCUGGCCCCCAUACGCCAGACGGACUGUGCGAAAUACUGCAACCCUGUCAGGUGUUGUCAUAAGCAAUUCUUAUCAUGGAGAUGAAAUUAUUGGUGGUCAUGAUGCUGUACCUCAUUCAAGACCCUAUAUGGCAUCCCUCCAAAGGUUUUAUAAGUUGAAAAAGCAAUAUGUACAUGAUUGUGGAGGGGUUUUGAUCAACUGUAAAUGGGUUCUAACUGCAGCUCACUGUGAAACCGAAGUAGGCACCAUUGGUGGAAAAUGGAAGCUUCGAGUGGUUCUUGGUGCACAUUCUCUUUCGCGAUACGAGUCGAGUAAACAAAUAUUUCAUAUCAAGAGACAGAUUCCACAUCCAGAAUUCAGUAAUAUUACGGGGGAAAAUGACAUCAUGCUGCUGGAACUGGAGAAUAAUGCAAUGAUCAACAAUGAUGUGAAUGUGCUCAAACUACCUGGAGGAAUGGUCGAUGAUCCGAAGCCUGGAACUUCCUGCUUCGUGGCAGGAUGGGGAAAAACAAGUAAUGGAUUUCCAUCUGACACACUUCAAGAGGUGACAAUAGAAGUAAUAGAUCGUAAAACAUGCAACAGCGAGGACUAUCACAAUCACAAACCUGAAGUGACCCAGAACAUGAUCUGUGCUGGUGACAGUGCAGGCAGAGGAGGUUCUUGUGUGGGUGAUUCAGGUGGUCCUUUGCUUUGCAAUGGAAAAUACGUCGGGAUUGUGUCCUUUGGCACAGGAUGUGCAGAUCCCAAAAUCCCUGGAGUUUACACUUUUGUUUCUAAAUACCUUCGUUGGAUUUGGAAAACCAUUGCCAUGCAGGCUUACAAUAUGACCAAUGAAAAGCUUGAGGUUGACACACCGAGGAUACAAGUAGAGCACAGGUGGGAGACAAUGAGGAAGAGAAGUAAUCAUGGAAUGCAGGAGCCACCGGUGGCUGUAUCAAUUGAAAACAGGUUCACCCUCUUGGGAGCUGUUGGAGUGGCAGCCAAGGCUGUGACUCCAAACCUGGUGCUGAGGCUCAACUGGGAAGAGUGA